CCGGCCCGCUGCGCCUCGGAGGCCUCCCGCUCCGGAGGGCGCCGCCGCCAGGUGCAGGGGUGCUGGGGCCCUUUGAAGAAGUGUGUAGCUAAUAGCCCAUCUAUAAUUCAGAAGGAGUCUUCGAUGGAAGACCCCCGGGGGAUAAAUGGACCGUCUGUGCAAACACCUCAAUCCAGUUCAGAUGUUGCUGUUUCCUCAAGUUGCAGGUCUAUGGAAAUGCAGGAUCUAACCAGCCCGCAUAGCCGUCUGAGUGGUAGUAGUGAAUCCCCCAGUGGCCCCAAACUCGAUAACUCUCAUGUAAAUAGUAAUUCCAUGACUCCCAAUGGCACCGAAGUUAAAACAGAGCCAAUGAGCAGCAGUGAAAUAGUUUCAACAACAGCAGACGGGUCUUUAGACAAUUUCUCAGGUUCAGCAAUUGGGAACAGCAGCUUCAGCCCAAGACCAACUCACCAGUUCUCCCCACCACAGAUCUAUCCUUCCAACAGAGCAUACCCACAUAUUCUCCCUACCCCUUCCUCACAAACUAUGGCUGCAUAUGGGCAAACACAGUUCACCACAGGAAUGCAGCAGGCCACAGCCUACGCCACCUACCCACAGCCGGGACAGCCAUACGGAAUUUCCUCAUAUGGCAUCAAGACUGAAGGUGGAUUGUCACAGUCUCAGUCACCUGGACAGACAGGCUUUCUCAGCUAUGGCACCAGCUUCGGUACCCCUCAACCUGGACAGGCACCGUACAGCUACCAGAUGCAAGGUAGCAGUUUUACAACAUCAUCAGGAUUAUAUACAGGAAAUAAUUCACUCACAAAUUCCUCUGGAUUUAACAGUUCACAGCAGGACUAUCCAUCUUACCCCGGUUUCGGCCAGGGCCAGUACGCACAGUAUUAUAACAGCUCGCCGUAUCCAGCGCAUUAUAUGACGAGCAGCAACACCAGCCCCAGCACGCCGUCGACAAAUGCCACCUACCAGCUUCAAGAACCACCAUCUGGCAUCACCAGCCAGGCAGUUACAGAUCCCGCAGCAGAAUACAGUACCAUCCACAGCCCGUCCACACCCAUUAAAGAUUCGGACUCUGAGCGAUUACGUCGAGGUUCUGAUGGGAAAUCACGUGGGCGAGGCCGAAGAAACAAUAAUCCUUCACCUCCCCCGGAUUCUGAUCUUGAGAGGGUGUUCAUCUGGGACUUGGACGAGACAAUCAUCGUUUUCCAUUCCUUGCUUACUGGGUCCUACGCGAACAGAUAUGGGAGGGAUCCACCUACUUCAGUUUCCCUUGGACUGCGAAUGGAAGAAAUGAUUUUCAACUUGGCAGACACACAUCUAUUUUUUAAUGACUUAGAAGAAUGUGACCAAGUUCAUAUAGAUGAUGUCUCUUCAGAUGAUAAUGGGCAAGACCUAAGCACAUAUAACUUUGGAACAGAUGGCUUCCCUGCUGCAGCCACCAGCGCCAAUUUAUGCUUGGCAACCGGGGUGCGCGGCGGGGUAGACUGGAUGAGAAAGUUGGCUUUCCGCUACCGGCGAGUAAAAGAGAUCUACAACACCUACAAAAACAAUGUCGGAGGUCUGCUCGGUCCGGCCAAGAGGGAGGCCUGGCUGCAGCUGAGGGCCGAGAUCGAAGCCCUGACGGACUCCUGGUUAACAUUGGCUCUGAAAGCCCUCACACUCAUUCACUCCAGGACAAACUGUGUGAAUAUUUUAGUAACAACGACGCAACUUAUCCCAGCAUUGGCGAAAGUGCUGCUGUAUGGAUUAGGAAUUGUGUUCCCUAUAGAAAAUAUUUACAGUGCAACUAAAAUAGGAAAGGAAAGCUGUUUCGAGAGGAUAAUUCAAAGGUUUGGAAGGAAAGUGGUGUACGUCGUCAUAGGUGAUGGUGUGGAAGAGGAACAAGGAGCAAAAAAGCACGCCAUGCCCUUCUGGAGGAUCUCCAGCCACUCGGACCUCAUGGCCCUCCACCACGCCUUGGAACUGGAGUACCUGUAACCGCCACAUAGCACUUUGAAACCGCUUAACUACCCUGUGACCAGGAACGAACCCAGCAGGCCUGAGUCCCUGUCGGUGCCAGACUAUCGAACUUACCCAUUUCAGCGCGGUGACGCCCAGCUGCUGUCGGCCUUCACCUCUGCCCUCGUGGUAAAGGAAGGACCACGCACGUCUAUUUCUUCAAACAGCUGUUGCCUCGAGUACUGUGAAUCCAAUGAAAAUAAGCCAUGAGAA